AUGAAUCCUGAAUUACCUUCUGUAUUGCUAAUGGCUCCAACUGGUGUAGCUGCCAUAAAUAUCAACGGAACAACCAUAAAUACUGCUCUAGCAAUUCCAAGAGAAUGUGGGAAUAAUGUACCUGCAAUGUCUGACCAGAGAAGAACACAAAUGAGAUUGUCUUUGGCUGAAUUAAAACUAAUCAUAAUUGAUGAAAUAUCAAUGGUCUCAAACAUGGGUCUCCUGCAUAUUCACCAGAGAUUGAAAGAAAUAUUUGUUACACCUAAUAGUGAACUUUUUGCAGGUAUCAGUGUACUUGUUUUCGGAGAUUUCUUUCAGCUACCACCAAUUCGAAGCGCAACAACAUUUUCAAAUUGUAAGAAUGAUACAUUCAAUCUACACCAUCCCUGGCAUGUCUGGCAGAAUUAA